AUGGAUUUUAAAAAAUCAUAUUUUUCUAAACUCGUAUUUAUAAGCAUUACAUUAUCGCUAUUACUAUUAUUAAUAAUAAUAGUUGGAGUUGAUGCAAAUUAUCAUGAUGAAGGUGAAAGCACAUACCAUUCAUUUCCACCACCACCAAAUUCUAUUCCACGUUUAUCAGAAAUUGAUCGUAGUAAUUUGCCUAAAAAUAUCAUUGCCAUAACUGGAGUUGGAGGAUGGAGUCAUCUUCGAAGGAUGUUGGAUGUUUCUCAAAUUUUGUCUACACGUGGAUUUAAUAUUACACUAUUAUCACCUGGAAAUUAUUUACCAAGUCCUAAUUAUCCAAAUAUUUCACAAAUUUCCACUGGGCCAGCAUUUUCACCAUCAGAUUAUCCUGGAUAUGAUAGGCUUAUAGAGGAAUUUGUAACAUUGAAAGAAAUAUAUCAACUUCAACAAUCAGCAAAUAAGUAUUAUCCUAGAUUAUAUAAAAUCUAUCAGCAGGCAAUUGAAGAAUUUAACCCUGGGCUGAUUCUUUGUGACGGAACUUUUAAUUUUGCAUGUUUUGAUGCUGCUUAUAAGUCAAAUAUACCAACGGUUUCAAUUGCUAGCAGUUUUCUGGGAAUUGUUACUUCACCAUAUAUUUCUGAUCCAAUGAUCGAAUGUAAAACUUAUAUGGAAAAUGAAUCAUUUUGGAAUAGAUUUAAGUGUGAAAUACUUAAACCAUUGAGUUUAUUUUAUGCAUUAAAUUCAUAUUCAAAUGAAUUAAACCAAUAUAGAGCACAAGUGGGCGUUGAACCAACAUUUAACCCAAUGGAAAGAAAUAAAAAAUCUCUAUUUUUGGUUGAUACUUUUUAUGGAUUCGAGGUACCACAAUCUUCAUCUCCACUUUAUUUGGAUGUUGGUCCGAUUUUACCAGAUUAUAUACAAUCAUUAUCACCAGAACUUGAGAACUUUUUAUCAGAGCAUUCUCGAACAAUAUUUGUAACAUUUGGAACAUUUUUUUAUACAACAAAAGAAAAUAAUGAUAUUUUAUUAAAAGCGCUCAUUGAAGCAAUUGAUAAAAAAAAGAUUGAUGGUAUAAUAUGGUCAUUAGGCAGAACACCCAAAGAAAAAUUACCAUCAUUUGAUUUGUUAAAUCCAACAAUGGCUAAACACUUUCACAUUGCAAAUCAUGUGCCACAGAUGGCACUUUUAGCACAUGAAAAUAUUAAAGUAAUUUUAAGUCAUGUAGGUCGAAACAGUUGUCAUGAAUUAUUAUAUUAUGGAGUACCAGUAUUGUCAUUUCCCUUAGCAUAUGAUCAAUAUGGAAAUGCUGAAAGAUUGGAAGCUCUUAAUGUUGGUUUAACAUUAAAUAAACUAUCAUUAAAUGUGCCUGAAAUUAUUGAAAAAUUAGAUAUAUUGUUAAAUGACAAAAAGAUUGAAAAAAGUUGUAAAAGAGCAAAAACUUUGGCUAGAAUCAACAGCAAAAGAAAGUAUAGAGCAGCGGAUUUAAUUGAAUAUAUGAUACAUGCAAAUGCUUUAGAUGAUAGAGAUGAAGAUGAUAAUGAUAUUGAUGGAUUGAUGAGAGAAUGGAUCACACCUGACACCAGAAUGGGAUUUUUUAAAGGAAAAUAUUAUGAUGUUUAUGGUGCAUUCUUUACAAUAUUGUUAUCAUUAUUGGGUUUAUUAUCUUGGAUCAGUUUAAAAGUUCUAAAAACUUUAUUUAAUUUUGUUAUUAAUAAAUUUACAACUCGCAACAACAAACCUAAAUUCACGAAAAAAAAAUUUAAAAAAAAAUAA